UAGUAUCCAUCCCCACAGGCCACGGCAGUGUUAUAUCUAGAGCUAGGUCGAGGAGAGCGGAAAGCCCAGUAAGAAAAAUAAAUAAAUUCAGCGGAGAGCAGCGGUGGUGGUUCAGUCAUCGCUCGUCGUCAGCGGUAGAGUAGGGUAGAGAGAGAGAGGGAGAGAGAAAGGGGCGGAUGCGGGAGAUCCCACGGGGGGUCGCCGCCGGAGGAGGAGAUGGACACGCCCGAUAGGCCCCGCGCCGCCGCCACCAACGCCGCCGCCGCCGGGUUCGAGGACUCCCCCGUCUUCAAUUUUAUCAACAAUCUAUCUCCUAUACCACCUCCUAAACCUCAAGCCUCAGCCCAUAAUGUGCAGCUAUUCAAGUCAUCGGACUUGGCUCCUGUUUCUUCAAUCUUUGCCUCACCACAUGUCAAUCCAGCAAAGGAAUCUAAACUUGUGGUCAGGGAUGAUCCCGUUCAACUUCCUCAAGAUUCAAACUCUCCUAACAGUGUCAGAACUCGGUUAGGGACUGCUAUUAGAUUGAUCAAAAGCAAAAACAUUGUCUCAGAGAAUUGCAGUUUCACUUGCCACCUAAGUCAGGCACCUAUUGAUUCUUCUAUCAAUACAUCAAUCUCUACAAGUAAUUUGCCUCAACCCAUCCAGUUUGUUGGUGGCAGUGCAGAAUGUGAUAAGAAUCAGAAUGCAGGUGGUGACAAAGAUCUUUCUACAGAUCAGGAGUGUCCAGUAGAAGGUGUCUUCUUUGAUCACACUGGCAUAGAUAAGAUGGACUCAUCACAACCUGGAAGAAUUGUUCAUGAAAACCAACUAUGUGAACAAAGUAGGGAUGGAUUUGUGGCAUAUGAUGAGGAUUACUUGGCUACAGAAGAACUAAACAGCGACAUGCUGAGAUUAGCCCCGCCAUUUGAUGCAGAGACACAGUUAAUGAACGGGACGUUAAAUGCUGAUAAUGCACACUCUGGUACCUUGUUGACUGAUGGGUCAAGUGGCUCUUACAUCAACAAUGCUGCACAUGAUCCUCAUCUUUACUGGGAUGGGGCUGUUGAUGGGUCCGCAAUGGAUUAUACCCCCCAAUUGCUCCCUGGUGUUUGUCAAAAUCAGUUGGUGUCAAAUGAUCAACUCUGUAAUGCUCUCACUGAGCCCAGCAAUCACAUGCCAAUGGACCAAAGUGCCUUGUCACAGCAUAUGCGUGGAACACGCAGGCGUUGCCUUUUCAACGAAAAGGCUGGGGCUGUCAAUAAAGCUGCAAAGAAGACCUCAGAUCGUCAUUCUGCAAAUACAACUACCCCUAGAUGCAAAACUAGUUCUAGUGAUCACAACUCAAAGCCUAUGAAAACACCUCCAUGUGCAUUGCCUGGUAUUGGUUUGCACCUGAAUGCACUUGCGACAAUACCGAAAGACAAAAUAGUCCCUUAUGCUGCUCAAUCUUCUACAAUUCAAGCAAGCAACUUCCCUUCUGCUGUCAGUUCUUCUCCAGCAACAUCUGAACCAAAUACUGCAAAUGAAGAUUCCUCUCAGGCAAUCGUUGUUGCAAAUGCUGAUGAGUCUGGUCAGGGCAGUCCCAAGAAGAAAAGACACAAGUUUGAUAAUGGUGAUGGGACUUCAUGCAAGCGUUGUAGCUGUAAGAAGUCAAAAUGCUUGAAACUUUACUGUGAAUGUUUUCAUGCUGGAGUCUUUUGUUCAGAACCCUGUUCAUGUCAAGGCUGUCUGAAUAAGCCUAGCAACAUGGAAACAGUUCUAUCUACUCGAGAGCAGAUCGAAUCUCGUAAUCCACUAGCAUUUGCUCCUAAAGUAAUUCGUACAUCUGAGCCUGGUCAGGAAUUAGGGGAGCAGUCUAACAAAACUCCUGCUUCGGCUCGCCACAAAAGAGGCUGCAACUGCAAGAAGUCAUCGUGUCUAAAAAAAUAUUGUGAAUGCUUUCAGGGUGGCGUGGGAUGCUCCAUAAGUUGCAGAUGUGAGGGCUGUAAGAAUGCUUUUGGAAGAAGGGAGGGAGUUGUACUGUUAAGCAUAGAACAAGCUAAGCAGGGAUCCGUGGAAAACAUUGCUUGUGUGAAGGAAGAAACAAGCGAAAAUGAUAAUCAGCUCGUUAUCUACCAAGCUGCUAAUCCAGCUUCUGCUGAGAAUGUACUGACAACACCUUCAGUUGAGGAUAUCAGACCCUUGUCUGCUCUUCCACCUUCAAGCUCCAAGAGGCCACGAUCUUCAACAAAGCUCAUUGGACAUUCUUCUCGACUAUGCAAUUCUCAAGCUCCUUUGAAGACCGACAUUCUGCUCUCCCCAUUCGAAAGCUAUGCAGAAAUGGUUCUUGGGGAUGGUGCAUCAGAUGUCCUGAAAGGAGGUUCGUCUCCUCAAACUUCUGUCAAAGUUGUGUCACCUAAUAAAAAGAGGAUAUCUCCCCCGCGUAUCGGUACGGGAUUAUCUCCAAUCUGCAAGAACGGCAGGAAGUUGAUCCUGAAAUCCAUCCCUUCAUUCCCUUCUCUGUGUGGUGAUGUAAAUAAAGUGGAUCCGAAGACCAGUUCACCAGCUUCCUAAAUUCGUCGGUAUUUGGCACUUAGGUCAUUUCCUUAUUAACUUAUUGGUUUCCCAGAUCGCCAAUGUCCGAUAGACUUCAUCAGAGUUAUUUCAUGCUUUAGGUGAUGAACAGCCAAGGGAAUUUUGUUUCACAAGUUCAAAUUAGAGGCUAAUAAUUAUCCCAUGAUCUCUCUAUACAGAGGAAUGUUCAACCAUCUGAUGCAUGUACCAACCAGAUUGUCCCCUCAAGAGCCACUUGUAUGCAGUGGUUUGCUAUAGAUUAUGCCCAUUGUUGGGUAUCCAUGUUCAUCUGUAUAAUUAUUUUUUCCUGGUUUAUGUACAUCUGAGAUCAAACUAUCGAGCCUUCUUUGUACUUUGAAUCAAACCAUCAAUCCUUCUUUGUAUUUUGGAUCAAAAUCUGUUGAGAUUUAUGUAAAAGCUCUGCUAUUUGAACCUUAAAAA